UAUUUUUAGACAAGAUGAAUAUCUUACGUCCUGUUUAACUUGUAUUAAAGAGGAUAGUUGUCCAUAUAAAAGCGUAUCGUUCCUGCUAUGGUUACUGCUGCAUGUACACUUAGAAUUCAGCUGAUAUGUUAUUAGUUUUACUCAGUCACACAGCUCUAAUAUUGAGAAUUACAGCCCAAAAUAACCUGACACCAAGUGGCACAGCUACUCAGAGCUCUACGUAUGAGAGGGGAAUUGCUCAAAAUGCUGUUGAACCACCUGUAUCAAAUGUGUUUUCCUUAAAUAUUUGUACACACACAGACAAUACAAGAACACCAGCUUGGUGGAUGUUUCAAUUCUCAAUUGGAAUUGCUUACAUCACAGAUAUCACAAUCUACUACAGGGAAAGAUUUUCCGAACGCAUGGAUGGAUUCAAGUUAUAUGUAACCAAUUCAACCACUAUUCCACCUGAUGGUUAUCUUUGUUAUGCGGAUCCUGAUCCAGGUCUCCCAAACAUCACUCAGACUAUUCCAUGUAAUGAACUUGGGAAAUAUGUCAUAUACUACGAUAAUAAAGGAUCAGGUGGAGAUGGCCCCUUAAUUGAACUUUGUUACGUUGCUAUUAAUGGUUGCCGAAAGGGUUUUUGGGGAAGUAACUGCGAAAAAGUGUGUUCCGAAUAUUGCCAGGAACGACAUUGCUACCCUGGAAAUGGGUCUUGUAUUUUUGGAUGUAAUACUGAUUACUGUUUGAAUAAUAAUUGCAAUAAAUUUACCGGUAUUUGUACCGAUGGUUGCAAGGAAAGACGAACAGGAGACUUUUGUAACAAGUUUUCUAUUAACACAGCAGAAACCAAUGAUAACGAAGUCACUACUCGGAUUGGAAUUUUUAUUGGAAUUUUCAUGGGAGGUGUUCUUCUAGGCAUUCUAAUGACAGUUGUUGUGUGUUUUGUUAUUAAGAGAAAACGGAAGUUACCGCAAAAACAAAGCAAAGAUAACACUUUAAAGAAAACACAGAGUCAAGAUACACAACACAAUGAUGAUGUUAGAAUGGAAAAUAUAUCUACUUAUCAGGAUCUCAGAAUGGAAACGGCAGCAAAUGAAUAUGACCAGAUAAGCACAGCAUACGAUAAUCACUGAGAAAUAAACAUAUAAUACGUCAUCUAACAGGGGAAAAUAUUGGAUAUUAAGUACAGUUAACUAUAGGAGCUUGAUCUACACGAUGUGAUUUGUGGGAUUGUAUCAAUUAGAUAAUCAUUGGUGUUUUGAUAGACAUAUGAAGAAAGUCUGAGAGAAUACAACAACACAAAAAAAACCCACAACCUUUUUGUGCAAUUGUAUCCGUUAAGACUUGCUUAUUACAUAUAAUACUUUGUAGUGUAAUGUAUCAUUGUUACAUAAUCCAUCGUUUCGUAAAAGUUAUUGUUGACUUUUUUCAGACAUUUGAUAAAUAAUAUGUAUAACUCCAAUGUGACUGAAGAUGAAAUCCAUGUUUUUUUUGUAACCGUUACUCUGUUAGAAGGAACGAACUCAGACGAGAACUCACCUCAGUUUACUUUGACUCCCCAGAAGAAACACUAAAAUAACUGUUCACCAGCAACCCGAAAACGGUGGCAAACUUUAUCAUAGACUGUUUAAGGAUAAGACAAGAUGUUAUAUAAAUAUUUUUACUUGAACAAAACUACACGACGUAAAAACUGUCAAACUUAAUAUUUUAUAUCAAAUCAAAUGUAGCUAUACAUGUAUACUAAUGUUUUAAAAUGACAGUGCUUCGUUAGCCUAUAAGGCUGGCUAAAAAUAACAAUGUUCAUAUCAGAUGUAUUAUAUAAUGGCAAUUCAGGUCGCACUUUAAAAAAUUAUUUAUUUAUUCAUUCAUAUAAUUUUAUGUGUAUGUUAGUGUAGGAGUGUGUUUGUAAGUGUCUGAAUUCAACAUUUUAUUAUGUAUGUAAGUUACCAGCCAGUUUGUUAUUCUAUAUUCGCUAUUUAAUAUCCUUACCGGUUGAUAGUAGUCGGUUGGAUAUUCAAAAUUUAAUUGAAUAUCACAAAAAAACAAAACUUAAUAACAUUAAAAGCAUAAUUUUCAUAGUAAAGAGGACUGUUAAGAUAGGUAUGAAAUCGUUUCAUGACCUCUUCAAGGUGUCGUAAAUUGGCGUUGAUCUCUCAUAUAAACCUUUUUCUGACAUGCAUAUUUGUCUUUAUGUAAUAUAGAUUUUUGUCAAUAAAAAAAAUUCAAAGACGUACUUUUAUACAUGAUAUUU